AUGCCUGGCGACGGAGCUUGUGCGUACAGAGCUAUGUUGUACAACCUCGGACUGGACGCGACUGACGUAGAGUUAGUCAAUGGUGAAGUGAUUGAUGCCUUCAGAUUUGUGUUAUACUCACUUGCCGACAAGCCGGAGGAACACGGUAACAUGUUGUUGCCGUAUGCUGAUGGUGCGGGUUAUACGGAGGUACAUAAAUUAACCGGUAAUGAGAUGAUCCACGUCGUGUGGCAGCUGGGUGACGAUGGCGUUGGAAUGCAUGUGGACGCCAUAGAUGACGGAAUUGGUGAGGAGAUGCGCCGUAAGCGCCUUGAAAAACUUGUGGAGAUAGCUAACGGAAAAGCUAUAAGCGAAUGUCAGUGUCAGGGACGCUCUCGAUCCUUACGG